GGCCAUCACUUGACGCAUGCGCAUUGGUGAAUUAAUUGUCGUCUGCUCAGUGAAAGCUUUUCGUUGUGAAGAAAGCCUGAAUAGACGAUGUUAGCAAACAAGAGGAUUCCGGUUGACGCAUGCGCCUUGGUGAAUGAAUUGUCGUCUGCUCAGUGAAAGCUUAGAGUUGAGAAGAAAGCCUGAAUAGACGAUGUUAGCAAACAAGAGAAGGAUUCAAGGAAGGUCAACCUGCCCAUAGUUCCUGAUGAAGAAAAAGAGACCAACAACUUGAUCGAUGAGGUUACUGCAAAUAUGUUAAAGUCUCUGUUAGACAAGGAGUCCCGUCGUUCCUUACCCAAUGUGACCAUGCCAUCCACCUCUACUGGCAGGUCUUUCUGUUCAGACAAGGAGCUGUUGUCUCUUAUGGCAAGUCGUUUAUCAACCGCAGAAGCGAGGCUGAAGUUACAGAAAGAAGAACUUGUGUCAAAGGAGAAAAGAAUUCUGUAUUUGGAGCGGAAGGUUCACCAAUUGGAGAAACAAUGCAGUGAAUCUCAAGAUGUAGUAGUGGCUGACCUGACACAACAAUGUGACAGUUUACAAAACCAAAUCAGAGAAAUGGAGGAUUUCCUCUAUGACUAUGGCCUGAUAUGGGUUGGAGAAUCAAGAGGUAAACGAAAGAAAUCAACACGCAGGAAGAGUAGCAUUACUUAUGACCCGUGUUUGUGGAGCUCAGAGGAGUCCAUUCCAGAGAAGUCAGUGAAAGUGGAUUAUGAUGUCGUCAUUCAGAACAUUAAAGAAUUGAACUUGUUGGCAGGAGAAGGAGUUGCCAAUGUGGAACCAACAAAGGAUGGUGCCAGACUGAAGUACACAGAAUCUGCAGCACUGACCCUGUAUAAAAACGGAAUCUUUUUGCUGAAUGGGCCGUUCCGACCCCUUUCUGACCCAGCAACUCGUCGCUGUUUGUAUGACAUCAUGGAGGGUUACUUCCCUUCAGAGCUUCAAUCUACUUAUCCAGAGGGGAUCCCCUUAAAGGUCAUAGACAACAGGAAUGUAGAAUACACUAUACAGCCGCUCAGCGCUUUCCCUGGGAUUGGACAGCACCUAAAUGGCAUGAGACAUGAUACUUCAUGUUUACAUACUCAUAGAAAUCCAGAAUCAACUCCUUGUAUCCAACACAUGACACAGCCACAUGAACCCCGGCUGUCAGCUGACCAGUUCCUUAAGAAACUCCCAAGCUGUGUCAUCAAAGAUGGCAAGAAAAUUGAAGUGAAGAAAUCUAUUGAAUCUCUGCUGAAGUCACCACCAAAACCCAGACAACUGACCAUUAUUGAAACUUUAGUGGAAAAGGAGAAAUGCACAAUGUCCCAAAGUCCCCAUCAGACAAGUACUGAAGCUGAUGUUGCCAACAUUCGAGUGAAAUCUGAAACAGGGGACUGUACAUACCUGAUAAAGAUGAAGUACCUGGACACAAUUGGGGACUUAAGAAUAUAUCUGGAUACCCACAGGCCUGCUUUCAGUCCACCAUACAAGAUUCUGUCGACAUUCCCACGUAAGGUUCUCGAUGAUCCAGAUGCAACCAUUGAAGAGUGUGGUCUUGUCCCAACAGCAACACUAGUUCUGGAGCUCGACUCAGCAGUUAACCCCAUAUAUUAAUGUGGUUGCUAAGAAUAAAACACUUUUCUUGCAAUACUUCAAUCAC